AUGGAAGUUCCUGUGGAGAGCGAUGCUGUGGCGGUAGAAGAACCAAAAAGUGCCGCAGAGGAGGCUGUUGAGGUUGAGGCUCCUGCAGCAGAGGAGAAGCUGAGUGACGCCCCAGGUGUCUUUUCAGAAGAUGAGAAUGAGGCAGUUGAGGUGGCUGCAGCAGCACCUAAAGAUAAAGCGGCACGCAGGUUCUGCCCUGACGGAUGGUUCAGCUACCAGUCCAAGUGUUACAUGUUUGUGAACACUCCUCGGUCCUGGUUCGGAGCCGAGGAACAUUGCAAUGAACUGGGCGCCAGCCUGGCCUCCGCCAGCUCCUCCCCCGAGUAUCGUUACCUGCAACAGAUAACCAGAACAGCCAACAGAGCCACCGCCUGGAUCGGUGGAUUCUACCUCCAGGGAUAUUGGAUGUGGAUCGACCGCUCAGGAAUGUAUUACACCAACUGGUACAGCCAGAGCACCGCAAUCAGCAACUCCUGCAUGUACCUGCAAUCUGCUGUGGGCCAGGGCUGGAGGAACCUCGGAUGUGGCACACAAUACCCAUUCAUCUGCGUCCACAACUAUCGCUGUUAGUCAACAUUGCGAAGAUAUUGCUAAUUGCUUGACACCUUUUCUAACUGCUUUCAAGAUUUGCUUUGUUUACUACUGACUGUAAGUGACUUUAUGUGUUUG